UAGCGAAAAGGAAACAGAGAAAUGUUGCGGAUGUGAUCAGCAAAAUUGUGGAGGAGAGAGAGAGGGGGAGAGAGAGAGAGAGAGAGAGAGAGAGAGAGAAUAGCGACCGAGGGCGAUUGUAGGCGGAGGAGAGCAGCAGGAGAAGCAAAAAGGAGACAGGGGCAGACAGAGAUGGAAGCGCCAUGCCUGAUGAGGAAGACAACGAUGUGGAUGCUCAUGAUCUAAAUUAAUCAAGAAAUCUUUCCCUCUUCUUCCCGGAAAUAGAAUUCAUCCAUACUUGCUUGGGAGCCAGCCAGCGAGAGGUGAGUUGGAUAGGUUGCUCUUCGCGAUGGUGGUGAAAGAGAGCGCAGUAAUAUGGGAUCAGUAGCCACGCCGAUCACCUUCGCCCGCCGCCUCCUCACCAGCUCGCUUCCAUCGCCGGAGACUCCCAUGUCCCAGGGCUUCCAGCAAAGCCUCUUCAGCUUCCCCGGCGCCACAGCCAACCGCGACCACGGCCAGCAGCAGCACAUCAGGCGGAGCAAGCUUCGGGUGCAGCAGGGCUUCGAUGCUGCCGGACACCCCGCGCUCGUCCCCAUCGAUGACCAGACCGACGACGAGACCGGCAUAUAUGAGUCCGCCGCCGCAGAAGUCGGUGAUGCCGGCGGGAACAUGCUCUCCGAGAUGUUCAAUUUUCCGCCGCCUGGGAUGGUGGCGACGAUGGACCACCUGCACGCCAACCAGAUCCCGGCGGGCGGAUACCAUGUUCCUUCAAGAUCCGUGGCUAUGGGCGCCGGGUUCUCUGCCGCCGCCGACUGGUACGGCCCAGGCCCAAAUCGGCAACAACACGAACAGCAGCAUUCGGUGGCGGCGGGUUUAAACUCCGACUCCGCCACCGCGAUGCAGCUGUUCCUGAUCAACCCGCCGGGGAUGCAACCGCUGCCGCAACAGCAUCGAUCGCCAUCUCCAACAUCAGCCGCUUCUCUUCACACACACCAACCUUUUCAUCAGUCUUUCGCCGAGAAUCACUUUGGCGCCACCGGCCGGGUAGUCGAAGGCCAAGGCCUCUCUCUCUCGCUCUCUUCGUCCCUUCAGCAGCUAGAGAUGGCCAAGGGCGCCGACGACCUACGCGUGAGAGAAGGUGCUGUCUUAUACUUCAACAACCAACAACAAAGCCAGCCGCCGCAUCAGCCCUCUCCCUUACACCUGCAAGGCCAGCAGUUACACGUUGGCUUCGGCGGCGUCGCCGGAGGCAUGGGCGUGGCCAACGUGUUAAGAAACUCUAAGUACGCGAAGGUGGCUCAAGAACUAUUGGAGGAAUUCUGCAACGUGGGUAGGGGACAAUUGAAACCGAAUAAACUCAGCAAGCGCGGCAGUAGCUCUAUAUUCAACUCUAACCGUAACCCUAGCGGCGGCGGCGGCAGCGCUUCGACUUCGGCCGCAGCAUCAACGUCUUCCUCCAAGGACGUGCCUGCCUUGUCCCCUGCCGACAGAUUCGAGCACCAAAGGAAGAAGGCCAAGCUCAUGUCCAUGCUCGACGAGGUGGAGAGGCGAUACAACCACUACUGCGAGCAGAUGCAGAUGGUGGUGAACUCGUUCGACUCGGUGAUGGGGUUCGGGGCGGCCACGCCGUACACGGCGCUGGCGCAGAAGGCGAUGUCGCGGCAUUUCCGGUGCCUCAAGGACGCGAUCGCAGCGCAGCUGAAGCAGACAUACGAGGUGCUGGGGGAGAAGGAGGGUGCGGGUGGUUCGGGCAUCACCAAGGGGGAGACGCCGCGGCUGAAGAUUCUGGACCAGAGCCUCCGGCAGCAGAGGGCGUUCAACCAGAUGGGGAUGAUGGAGCAGGAGGCCUGGCGGCCGCAGCGCGGACUGCCGGAGCGCUCCGUCAACAUCCUCAGAGGCUGGCUCUUCGAGCACUUCCUCCACCCAUAUCCGAGCGAUGCAGAUAAGCAUUUUCUGGCGAGGCAAACUGGUUUGUCCCGGAACCAGGUGGCCAACUGGUUCAUCAACGCAAGAGUGCGGCUGUGGAAACCAAUGGUGGAGGAGAUGUACCUACAAGAAUCCAAAGAAGAAGGGGAGGACGAGGAGCUGGAGAAAGAGCCGAAGGAGCACGAGACCGAAGCGACCCGACAAAAACAACCGCACUCAUCGGCCCAGCCAACGCAACUGAGACCCGAUCAACCGGUUACUCACGCGCCGCCGGCAGCGGAAACCGACGCCUCCCAGAGCGCACCUUCGAUGGCACGGCACCACCACCACUUCCCGCCCGCCUCCGACAUCAACCACCACCCUUCGAGCCUCGCGGGAGGCGACGCCCUCCUCCCCGGCGCCGACGCGUUUGCCGCACAGGGCCAUAACCUUGGCGACAUGUACCAGCUAGCCGGAGGAGCGGCGGCGGCCGCAAGGUUCGGCGCCGGAGACGUGUCGCUCACCCUCGGACUGCGACACGCCGGCGGCGGCGGGAGCUCGUCGGAGAAGGGCAGGUUCUCUGUUAGGGACUUUAGCCACUGUUAAUUAAUUCGAAGUUAUAAAAUGAAGCGGGGUGAAUAAACUAAUUAAUCAACCAUUAAAUCUGCAUAUGUAUUGAUGCCUCUUUGGUAGCUGCCUGCAACAAGUUAAUUAAGAUAGAUAUAUAUAUAUAUAGGAAGAACAUAGAAAUUAGUGUAUGAUACAGAAGCCUUUUGCAGGUUUUCUCCAUUAAUUUUGUUGUCCAUUUGUGUAUCUGACAAUAUUUAACACAAACUGGUAUUGGGAAGAUAGUACAGUACUCUACAGGUAAUUGCA